AUGUACCGGCACGGCCGGGCCGAGCACUUGGCUGUCAUGCACCAGAAGCUGCAGCACGAGCUCCCCAAUUUCUUCCUGAAAAUCCCCGACUAUGGCCUCUACUCCCCUGACGUCGAAUUCAUCAACCACCUCCUGCACCUCCACACGCGCGGGCGGCCGAUGUACCAGGUGGCGGUGGCCUUGUGCCGGGCGGUGGCCUGGGGUUACUUCGCCAGCCUGCGGCUGGAGGUGCUGGCGCUCACCCGGCACCCCGAGGACUGGAGCAUCCGGGCGCGUUGGCGCCUGACGGGGCUGCCCCUCCACCUCUGCCUCCUGCGCUUCUACCGACGGGACAAACGCCACCUCCUGCGGUCCUACGACGCCUUCUCCACCUUCUUCCUCAACUCGCAGGGGCUCAUCCGCUGCCACCGCGUGGACAAGCUGAUGCCAGCCCCCACGGCCGUGACCGAGGCCAAGAAGCUGCUGGUGGCAGCGGCGGUGGCAGUGGCACUGGCCGAACCGGGACCGGCCUUACGCCUCGCCCUGAAGCCCUCUGCCACCUCAGGGGACACCUGAGUCCCCAAAUCCCUGUCCCCUUCCCCCCUUAACUUAAUGUACAGAAUAAAA